CAGCUGCAGAGACAAAUCUUCUUGACGAUUCUGUGCUGAUUGGCCUCGAGGAAGAGAGUGUGCGGAGUCUGAACGGAUAUCGUACCAACGCUGCGAUCUUAGCAUGCGUACCAGGUGAGAAUAAACUCGUUUUCCGUACGGCGCUGCGCUUCGUCAAACACUGGGCGAAAUGCCGCGGCCUUUCCAGCAACAAGCUCGGUUUUUUCGGGGGCAUCACGUGGGCGAUCUUGGUGGCAAAAGUAUGCCAGCUUUACCCAAAUCACAACGCGGCGGGUAUCGUUCAUCGCUUCUUCGUGUUUUGCGACAGGAAAAGGCAAAACUGGGGCCCGCAAGCGCCAGCACUGCUGUCACCGAUCCGCGAGGCAACCGCUAUUCCCCCACGUAGCACUGGCUGGCGGUUGCGUCGGCCACUGCGGGCGGUUAAUGAAGACGCGUUUCGCGUGUGGGAUCCGGAAGGGUCAGCAGAGUUGAUGCCAGUGAUAACACCAGCCUUUCCCGCGAUGAACACUACUUUUAAUGUGACACAAACGACGCGGGCCGCGCUGGUAGCGGAGUUCAGGAGGGCUCGGCAAUGCACGCAGCUGGUGUUUGAAGGCUCGAAACAAUGGAGCGACGUAUAUGCGCCAGCGCCCUUUUUUGCAAAACCCAAACCGGCUUUACCACAUGCAGCACCGGCAGACCAAGGAGGAAGUGCUGAAAUUUUGCCACGUGUAACCUCUGAGAACGAAAAGGGUCCCCUCUUCGCGGAUGACUAUGUUCGCAUCAUGAUCGUUGCGAGAACGGAGGAACGCUUCGCCCAGUGGGAGGGCUUCGUGGAAAGUAAGUUGCGUCGUCUCUUCUCCAUGGCGGAGCACACCUUUGCGAACAAGGUUGUGCUGCGUCCCUGGCCCCAGAUGUUUCCGCUCGGGGACGACCACAGGGCGGCGGCCUUGCGUCGCAACUACUAUCGGUGUGGCGUGCAGAUGUUUAUUCGAGUUGUGAGCACAGUAGGUACACGACGAGUUUUGAGCGACAUAAACCGACCCGUCCUGCUUGCCGAAGUGUUUCGUGACUUCUGCGAGUGGUUGCAGAUACAAUGGCAGGACCACGCAUAUUGGGAGUGGCUUGAAAACGAUCCGAAUUCGCCAGAACUACCCGAGCAAGACGUGAUCAUCAUGCCAUGUGCCUGGGCUGGACUUCCGGAAAAUUUGAAACAGACCGAGUACGACGACACACACGAGGAAAGCCUGCCACAAACGCGGAUGGACACCGAGUGGCGCGAAAAGAUGAGAGCGGAAGCGGACAAGCAGGCUACCUUGGUCUCAAAGCAUGAGAGCGCAGCUGCGUCCCGGGACGCGCCGAGGAGCAGCACCAGGAAACGCAACGCAAGCAGGGGUGGCGCGACGCGCAAGAAGUCUGAUGAAAAACGUAUACGAGGCUCGAGACACCAGUUCCACAGAUGACGACCUCAUUUUGGUCGUAUUUGUAACUUUACAGCAUUGCAAAUAUCAAAACCGAUCCCAAUGCCGACGACCGAUGCAAACAACUCAAACUUCAUUGAACAACAUACAAGGAGCCAUAAAAGCGCAUCUUAAUAUCUCAAGCAGAAACCUUAU